CUGAGGGGUCCGAUGCCUGUCGCUCCGCCUGGGGCCCGAGACCUGUAGUUCUUUCCGCUGGAGCGGUUCCGCCGUUUUUCCCAGGCCCGCCUGGGGGUCCCGAUGAACUGUCGCCCAACGCCUGGUGGUCCCGAUGCCUGUCGCCCCGCCCUGGGGGUGUUUGUACCGAUGCCUGUCUUGCCGCCUCGGUGGGGUCCGGUGCCUGUCAGCCCCGCCAGGGGGCCCGGUGCCUGUCGCCCCGCCCGGGGGCCCGGUGCUGUCGCCCCCGCCUCGGGGCCUGCGGUGCCUGUCCUGUGCCCCGCCCGGGGGCCCGGUGCCUGUCGCCCCCGCCCGGGGUCUCCGGUGCCUGUCGCUCAGCCAUGGUGCCCCAGCUGCCUGCUGCUACUCCCUGGUAGCCCUGAUGUGGCUCUGCCCGGGGUUCCUGCCCGAUGUGCCUCUGCCCGGAGUCCAGCCCGAUGUGCCUCUGCCCGGAGU